AUGAAGCCUCUUCUCAUUGUGUUCGUCUUUCUCAUCUUUUGGGACCCAGCACUGGCAGGCUUAAAUCCAAUAUCAUCAGAAAUGUACAAGAAGUGCUAUGGAAAUGGUAUCUGUAGACUUGAGUGCUAUACAAGUGAAAUGUUAGUUGGCUACUGCAUGUUUAAGCUGGAGUGCUGUGUCAAAGGAAACCCUGAUCCCUGA